CAUCUGGGCUCCCUCUCUCUUUCUCUGCGUACAUGAGAGGCUCUCCGCUGACACCGGGGGCUGAAGACCGAAGCACCAACACACCGACUGACCGGGGUCCCCUGAGUUUCAUCGACUUACUUUGCCGGAAGAUGAUGGCUCAGUGCUGGACGAUUUGGACCGGGAUCCUCGUCCUCCUGACUGCCUGUCUUCCAGUUGAUGUCCAGUCUUUAAGCCACCUGAGCUUCAAUUUAUGCAGGUGGUGUGAGGUAUCCACGCCGGUGUGCGAAGGCAACAUAUGCUCCAGCAACUGCAACUUGAGCUCUUUCUGCAACACCACUGAAGAGAUCUGCAUGGCCAUAUGGAGGAAGGCAAACAACACAAUGACAGUGUACACAAUGUGUCACCACCCAAAUCUGCCACUGGAUGGUAUCAGUCCUGACCUGCUGCAGACCUUCACUUCCAGGGAGUGUCGUAUGGUCCCACAGGCUGCAAAUGACUCCAUGAUGGUCUGUGGAUGUCAGGGUGAACAUGAAUGUAACGACAAACUUGUCUUCGACAAGGGAGCAAAUGGAUUCUUACCGCUCCAAAGUAAGGAUGUGAUCCCUGUGGUAGUGGUUAGUUUGGUGCCCCCUAUUCUGGUGGCCAUAGUUGCCAUUGCUGCCUUCUAUUUCUACCGCAUACGUCGUCCUGACAAACCAGCUCCGUCAGUAUGCCCUGACUGGCCCACUAAACGCACCCCAGAGCUUUACCAGGCCUUGGAUCUACCAUGUGGGGGGCUGGGUGCUCAGGGAGAAGGUGGAGGAGGAGGUGUGACUGAUGCUGAACAGGAUGAGUCGAACACCAAGGUUCAACCUCUUAACAGUGACACUAUCAGUGGUAUGACCAGUUGGCAGGGCCAGCCAGCUGAACUGCUACCUAUCAAACUGGAUGUGCUGGUGGGGAAGGGGCGCUUUGCCGAAGUGUGGAGGGGAUGGCUGCUCCAGGGCGAGAAAGGUGGAGUUAAUAGCUAUGAAACUGUGGCGGUGAAGGUGUUUCCGGAUGUGGAGUACGCCUCAUGGAGAAAUGAAUGCUCCAUCUUUGCUGACCCCAAGCUACAGCACGAUAAUGUGAUUCAGUUCUUAGCAGCUGAGGAAAGGGGCCUGUCGGGCCACACCCCACACACCUACUGGCUGGUUUUAGCCUAUCACAGCCUAGGAAAUCUGCAGGACUUCCUCACAGCUAACAUAUUGAGCUGGGAAGAACUUGUUGCCAUGGCAGGCAGCAUUGCUAAAGGAUUAGCUCACCUUCAUAGUGACACAACACCCAGUGGGCUACCAAAGGUACCAGUGGCCCAUCGGGACCUCAAGAGCAGUAACAUCCUGGUAAAGAGCAGGAAAGAGUGCACACUGUGUGACUUUGGUCUGGCUUUAAGACUGGACCUGUCCCUUACAGUUGAUGACUAUGCCAACAGUGGACAGGUGGGGACAGCUCGCUACAUGGCUCCUGAGGUCCUUGAGUCCAGGGUGAACCUGGAGGAUCUCGAGGCCUUUAAACAGAUGGAUGUUUAUUCCAUGGCUCUAGUGUUGUGGGAGAUGGCCUCUCGAUGCAAUGCAAUUGGAGAGGUAAAGAGCUAUGAGCCAGCAUUUGGCUCCAAGGUUUGUGAGCAGCCCUGUGUGGAUAGCAUGAGAGAUCUGGUGUUGAGAGACCGAGGACGUCCGGACAUCCCACUAGCAUGGACGCAGCACCAGGGGAUGAACAUCUUCUGUUCCACCAUCACUGAGUGCUGGGAUCACGACCCCGAGGCCAGGCUCACGGCUCACUGCGUGGUCGAGCGCUUCAGCGCCCUGGAGCAGGCGGAAGAUGACGACAGGGUGGGAGACGAAGAAGACGAGGAAGAAGUAAGUCAGGAGUAAGAAGACGAGGUGAAACUCUGGCAAGAGAAUGAAGCAGAGAGAAAAAUAGACUUGGAGACGCCUCAUGCUCCGUCUCCUCGAGGAGAGGAGAUCUCUUUUCUUCCAGAUUGAAAAGGAGGACAUGCCUGAGGUUCACUGCUUCACACUGGUUUUCCCCCUAACGAGUCUUCAUGGUUCGCUGUGUUUGCAUUGUCGGAGAAACACGUGUUUUUUUCUGCUAAUCUUCAAUGAGACACUGAUAGAGAAGGAAUUGUUAAGUCACUAAAACUGACAAGAAUCUAAACUACAGUUACAGUUAAAGCAGUUUUUGACUGAUAGUUAGGAUUAUCUAAUUUGCCACAAUAAGGAUAUUCAAAAAGUCAAUAUUAGCAAGAGUGGACCACUUCAUAGACAUUGCCCCAGUUUGCUCAGAUGGAAGUUUAGCUCAGUCUCAACAGAUGGGAAUGGACCACUGGUGCAGACUGGAACAUCUCAACAUGGAGAGGGGUUUUACACAAACUUUUAAACUCACAGUCGUAUAGUCUGGAGAAUCUUUAGGUAGUGUUAUCUUUCUCAAAUAAAAUGUGAAGAAAAGAAAUUUUCCCACACGAAUAUAUAAAUAAAUAGAACAAAAUGGUCCAACAUAUAGUAUGACAAACCUUUAUAUGAACCAAAGAAUAAUUCAUUGUUGUGCAAUUUGGUUGAACUUCUAUACCAGCAACCCCAUGACUGCACUGUUGCCAUUUUAUAUUGACUUCUAGAGGGACAAUCAUAAAGAAAAGAAUGGCCCCAAAUUUCAUGUUUUUUAGACUGUACAUUUUCUGAGAUAUUUCAAGCACACCCACUCUUGGUGCCAUUUUUACCCCUUUGCUUUGUCGUGUAGUGAUCUGGCACUGCGAACACAGCCGUUGUCACCCAACAGAGGGAUUUUGUUUAUUACGAAUUUGUGUGUUUUCUCUUUGUUGCUUCCUGGAUGUUUCCAGCAAAAGACCAGAGGAGACAGAAAUGAACCAAAGACUGACUGUGCCUUAAACGACAGACCUACUUCUUCG